AUGAGUGUGAAGCCCUAUAUGAAGGUGCUGUCCCUCUCCCCCGUUAUCGCACCCUCACCCACCCUCGCACACUCUCGCUCUCGCACACUCUUGCCCACCUUCGCUCACUCUUGCCCACCCUGGCCCACCAUCGGGUACCCUCCCUCACCCUCGCCCACUCUUGCCCACCUUCUCUCACCCUCGCCCACUCUUGCCCACCUUCUCUCACCCUCGCCCACUCUUGCCCACCCUCGCUCACCCUCACCCACUCUUGCCCACCUUCGCUCACUUUUGCCCACCUUCACUCACCCUCGCCCACUCUUGCCCACCAUCGGUUACCCUCUCUCGCCCACUCUUGCCCACCUUCUCUCACCCUCGCCCACUCUUGCCCGCCUUCGCUCACCCUCAUCCACUCUUGCCCACCUUCGCUCACUCUUGCCCACCUUCACUGACCCUCGCCCACUCUUGCCCACCUUCGCCCACUCUUGCCCACAUUCGCUCACCCUCGCCCACUCUUGCCCACCUUCUCUCACCCUAGCCCACUCUUGCCCACCCUCACCCACUCUUGCCCAUAUUCUCUCACUCUUGCCCACCUUCUCUCACCCUCGCCUACUCUUGCCCACCUUCGCUCACCCUCACCCACUCUUGCCCACCUUCGCUCACUCUUGCCCACCUUCGCCCACUCUUGCCCACCUUCGCCCACUCUUGCCCACCUUUCGCCCACUUCGCCCACCUUCGCCCACUCUUCCCACUCUUACCCAGCUUCGCUCGCCCUCGCCCACUCUUACCCACCUUCGCUCACCCUCGCCCAUUCUUGCCCACCAUCGGUUACCCUCUCUCACCCUUGCCCACUCUUGCCCACCUUCGCUCACUCUUGCCCACCAUCGGUUACCCUCUCUUACCCUCGCCCACUCUUGCUCACCUUCGCUCACUCUUGCCCACCUUCUCUCACCCUCGCCCACUCUUGCCCGCCUUCGCUCACCCUCACCCACUCUUGCCCACCUUCGCUCACACUUGCCCACCUUCACUGACCCUCGCCCACUCUUGCCCACCUUGGCCCACUCUUGCCCACCUUCGCUCACCCUCGCCCACUCUUGCCCGCCUUCGCUCACCCUCACCCACUCUUGCCCACCUUCGCUCACUCUUGCCCACCUUCACUGA